UAAACACCAGGCGGGUCUUGUCUGGACGUCCUCUGUCAGGGCGUGUUUCUAGCCAAGUUAAGCUUGGCAGGAAGCAGGGAUCAAGACGGGCAGACUUUAUUUCUCCCCCAAAUUCAACGGUCUAAUGCUUAAUUUACAGUAACUAUGGAUUUCAACGCUUUAUUCAACGAGCACACGUUUCAAUUUUCGGACUUCCAGGAGUUCACGUUUCUUCCUGGGCACCAAAAACUGACCGAGCGAGUGAGAAAAAGACUGUACUAUGGCCUGGACAAAGAUGUGUCACUAGAUGCCCUAUCUGCCCCUGUUACAGAUAUUGCUGUUGAAAUUUUCCAAAAGUCUGCUCCAAGUCCAAUCCGGAAACUCCAGAAGAAAUAUGCAGCUCAUGUUGCAAGGGAGGCUUGCAUCUCUCCAUGUGCAAUGAUGCUCGCUUUGGUUUAUAUUGAAAGACUUCGACACAGAAAUCCCGAGUACCUGCAAAAGAUCUCCUCAUCUGACCUUUUCCUGAUCUCCAUGAUGGUUGCCAGCAAGUACCUGUAUGAUGAAGGUGAGGAAGAGGAGGUUUUUAAUGAUGAGUGGGGAGCAGCUGGGAAACUGGACGUUGAAACUAUCAACAACCUGGAGAUGAAUUUCCUGAAUGCCAUUGAGUGGAGCCUCUUCACCAAACCGAAAGACUUCUUUGAUUUACUCAGCCAGCUGGAAACCAGCGUUGCGGUGAAGCAAGGAAUGAAGCGUGGCUGGUUCACCUACACAGACCUGUGUGUGCUGCUGGAUCACUCUGCCUGGAGUCACGCCCUCACUGCCUUCUAUCAGCACUUUCUAAAGGUUUCCUGUAUGCUCAGCCUGGUCUACCUAACCAGUGUAGCUGGUCUUAUUGCCAGCAGCGCUGUCGUGCGCCAGCUCAGUUUGUCCAGAGGUGACCAAUCCCUACUUCCCUCGUUUAACGAAAUCGGUUUCACCCACAUCCAGACUUCCAAUCCAAAAGCUCAAGCCCACCGCCUGCCUUGUUGUGUUCUGACCAAUAAGUCUUUGAACAGUCACUCUGGUUCCCUUAAAACCAACCAACACGAGAGACAGAGAAAUUCCCCUUUGGUUUCAAGGAAAAGCUCAAUUUUGUGUCUUUGGGGUUCCCUUUUGGCCUCUGGUGGCCGUGGACAUCCUGGACAUAAGUCUGACUUGGAAAGUUCCUCCUCUUUUGGCUGUUUUGGAAACCUUCCUAAUCUUCAUUGUGUAUUUAGAAACACCUCAGCCCUCCUUCACAACGGUCCUGUUAAAAGCCAUCGUCAGCCGGGAUGGCAACCCUCUGCAGGAUCCAGUCUGGACUCACAAAUCGGGACCUUUCCGACCGUCGACCUGUCACCCUGCCGUCCUGAGCUUCUGCUGCCCGCAGACAAAUAUCAAGCUCUGCUCAUGCCUGGCUAGGGGCGACACUCUAAUUCAUGCUGGAAACACUUUGUUUUUGACUCACCAUUGUCUAAAAAAAGGCACGUUUUUAGAAUACAAAUAUAAAGAGGCACUUUUUCAAGGAUAAAAUUGGAUUUUUUUUUUCACAGCGCGGUGAUAAAUGAAAUUAUAUGCAGCAGAGAUUAUUUCUCUUUAGUUUUAUAUCUACUAAAAGAACUAAAAAAGGUGAGAAGAUUGCUUUCGUAUUGGAAUGAGCAGGGUUUGUUCUGAAUGUUUUGAGUUAUACACGGUAAUUGUAAUGAUGGUAACUGCUUGGGAGGUGAGCGUAUGUGUUUAAAAGUUGCUAAAGCAUAUCUUAAAGUUAAAAGCUUUUAUUUUACCAGCUGUGUAAGAAAGGAACAACCAAUUUAGGCGUUUCAUUUUGCUAUGUGUAACUAGGGUUACCAUUUAUUUUUCAGUGGAAUCAUCAGAUAUGUUGCAAGCACUGGUUUUAUUUUUUGUAACACCAUAUAGGUUGGGGUUGUCCCUGCCUUACUUCAUCCAAGAGAAGGGAUAGGAGAAUGGAAGCAGACUACUGAAUUAAAGCAUCAUCUGCAGAUCAAAAGGCACCUGAAAUAAGACAUCAUCUUAUAAUUUUCUUUAAUAUCUAGUAUUUUCUUUAUUUUUGCACCAUAUUUCACAAUGGUAAUAUGAUGUGACAAUCUUAAAGAUAGAUAUUCCUGUUAGCAGGUUAAAGGUCGGCAUUGAAGAUUUGGCCUCUUUGGGUUUUCUUUGCGGCUCGAUUGGUUCUGUCUGGCACAACAAGAGGCUAACUGAAGUGUUUUAGGAUCUGGAAUUUGCACAUUUUGCGGAAAUACACCAUUAGAUUACCUUAUUGCUGCUUUCUUCUGCAUUUAAACGCCACAGAAGGAG